GCAGCCUUGGGCCUACCAAGGUGGUCAGCCAUGGCUAACCCUCAAAUAAUUCAGGCCUUUGGCUGCUUUCUUUUCCUCUCAUUUCUCUUUACUUCCCUCCCAACUUUCACCUCCGCCCUCUCCGUUGAAGAAGUAGCCUUCAUCACCCGGCGCCAGCUCCUAACUCAUCCCGAAAAAGAUGAUCUCCCUGACGAUUUCGAGUAUGAGAUUGAAAUUCGAGAGACUUUUGCCAAUGAAAGGCUCAAGAGAGCCUACGUUGCUCUCCAGGCCUGGAAAAAGGCCUUCUACUCUGAUCCAUACAACACCACCGCCAACUGGGUUGGCGCCCAUGUGUGUUCCUACAAUGGUGUCUUUUGUGCACCGGCAUUGGAUGAUCCCAACCUGAGUGUUGUGGCCGGUGUUGACCUUAACCAUGCUGACAUCGCCGGAUACCUUCCAGUGGAGUUGGGACACAUGACAGAUCUUGCAUUGUUCCAUAUAAAUUCCAACAGGUUCUGUGGGGUUAUCCCCAACAGCCUGUCCAAGCUUACCCUGAUGCAUGAGUUUGAUGUCAGCAACAACAGGUUCGUCGGUUCUUUUCCGAUGGUUGUCCUGUCAUGGCCGGUGGUGAAGUACAUCGAUCUCCGAUUCAAUGAUUUUGAAGGCGCAUUACCGCCAGAAAUCUUCGAGAAACAUCUCGAUGCAUUGCUCCUGAACAAUAACAGGUUCUCCUCCAUAAUUCCCGACACCAUUGGAAAAUCUACCGUCUCCGUUGUGACAUUCGCCCACAACAAGUUCACUGGUUGCAUCCCACAUAGCAUCGGAAAGAUGCAAAAUUUGAACGAGAUUAUCUUCCAGGACAACGAUCUCGGCGGUUGCUUUCCGUUAGAAAUCGGGUUGCUAGGCAAUGCUACGGUGUUCGACGCCAGCUCUAAUUCGUUCUGGGGGAGUUUACCGGAGAGCUUUUCAGGGCUGAAAAAGUUGGAAUAUUUGAAUAUUGGGAAUAACAAGCUCACCGGAAUGGUGUCGGCGAAUCUCUGCAUAUUGCCAAGCUUGUCCAAUUUCAGCUUCUCUUGCAAUUACUUCCAGGAAGAGGCAAAAGAAUGUGUUUCACCGUCGAGGAAGGAGAUUGUUAUUGAUGAUACCGAAAAUUGUUUGGCUCAUAGGGAGAAGCAGAAGACGGCGAAGAUGUGCCAGCCAGUGGUGAGCCGACCUGUGGAUUGUAACAAGGACAAAUGUGCAGGUGGAGGGUACCCAUCUCCUCCCAAACCCAAGGUGCCAUCUCAUAAGCCACCGCAACACAAACCUGAAAAGCCAUCUGCACCAGCACCUGCUCCGGAAGACGAUCCUCAUCGUCAAUCUCCAGUGGACGGAGCUGAACCGGAGCCACCAACACCGACUCCUGUCCUUUCUCCGCCACCAGUUCAGUCCCUUCCACCCCCAGUUCAUUCUCCACCACCACCUGUCCACUCACCUCCACCACCCGUCCACUCUCCCCCACCACCCGUCCACCCUCCCCCACCACCAGUCCACUCACCUCCACCACCACCAGUAGUCCACUCACCUCCACCACCAACAAUAGUCCACUCUCCCCCACCACCAGUCCACUCACCUCCACCACCAGUACACUCUCCACCACCACCAGUACACUCUCCGCCACCACCUGUCAACUCUCCUCCACCACCGUUACAGUCUCCACCCCCACCCGUUCACUCUCCCCCACCACCAGUACACUCCCCGCCACGACCUGUCCACUCACCUCCACCACCAGUACACUCUCCGCCACCACCCGCCCACUCUCCGCCACCACCCGUCCACUCUCCGCCACCACCCGUCCACUCUCCUCCACCACCAGUUCACUCCCCACCACCACCAGUUUAUUCUCCACCUCCACCAGUUUACUCCCCGCCACCACCAGCCCAAUCUAGACCUCCACCAGCACCAGUUCUUUCUCCUCCCCCUCUUGUUUCUGCACCACCACCUACAGAGGAGAUUGUCCUGCCACCAAACUUGGGAUUCGAGUACUCAUCACCACCUCCACCAAUGUUCCCAGGCUACUAAAUGGUAGUAGUAAGUCAUUAACAUCUUUACAUUACUCCAAAAACUUUAAGUUUUUGCUGUAUUUUGUAAUUUUCACUGACUUUACACCAAGAACUUAUGUUUACACUUUCAUUGUCUGUUUUCGAAAAAGAAAGAAAGAAAGAAAGAAAGAAACCUUAUAUUUAUACUCCAAAUUAAUUAAAUUUUAGCUUAAGUAGGAAAGUUGAUUAUUUCUUGUGUAUUUUUUUGGCCAUACAUUUUUUUGGUGUAUGAAUCUCAAUGAUAUAUACAUGACUGAAUUGGAUUCCUUCACUUCCUAGUGCAAAACAGAAAAAAAGGUUAUAACUUUGU